CCUGCUGCACUCUGCACUUCUGAUGUGCCACCUGUGCUGCUCUGGGAUGAGACUCCCCCAGGCACCCCGGGGAGGUGGGGGUGCUGCCCGUGGGGUGUGCCAGGGUGGGCAGGGUGCGGGUGCCCUCCCCAUGGUCACCUCACCCGUUCUAACCUGUGAUAGCAGCUGGCACAGGUGGACUUUGAGCCACUUAUCAGGUUGUGGAGGUGCCAGAAGGGGUGUGGAGGUGCCAGAGGUGUGUGGAGGUGUCAGAGGGGUGUGGAGGUGUCGCCUGCAAGGGUGUGAGGGGGCUACACCCAGCUGUGGCACCCCCCUGCCAGGGGCACCCAACACUGGAUUCAGCCCCCAACCCCUUCAGGUGGGUCCCGUGAGUGCUGCCCCGCUGGCAUCCAACCCUGGCACUCUGUGGGGAUGGGGUGUCCGGGUGGUCCCCCCGGUGCUCCUGGGGUGCAUGAAAGGCCCCUUUGUGCCUCCUGCUGUGGGCAGGGCUGGGGCACGGUGCCAGGACGGUGGCACACGGUGUUUCCUGCCUGCCCCAGCCCCACCGUGGGGCUCGUCAUCACCGCCAGCACCGGCACCCUUUGCCCGGCCCCGCGUUAAUGAUCCACCCGCCGGCGUGGCCGCCAGCCCCCAGCAGCCACCGGGCCAGCUGUGUGCGGUGCUGGUGGCAGCAGCCGGGGGUCCUCAGCACAAGUGGCUUGGAGGGGCUGGCAGCUCCCUGCCCUGUGCCCCACCCCUCAGCUCCGGCACCCAGAUAAGAGCGGCUGCCGGCAGCGCCCGUUCCGGGGCGUGCGGCGUGGCCGGGAGCGCCGGCGGGACCAUGGCCGUGGCCAGGGUGAACCUGCUCGCCCUCACCUCCUGGGUGGGCAUUGCCCGGCUCUGCGCCGUCGUGCUGUCCUGCCUCACCUUCAGCCUAGUGGCCUCCACGGGGAACUUCGGGGGUCCCUUUGGGACGUGGUGCAUGUUCACCUGGUGCUUCUGCUUCAUCGUGACGCUGCUGGUGCUGCUGCUGGAGCUGCUGGAGCUCUACCCCAUGCUGCCGCUCUCCUGGGAUGACUUCACCUCGGCUUUCUCCAUGCUGGCGGUGCUGAUGGUCUUCACCGCCUCGGUGGUCUUCCCUGCCACCUUCAUCAGCAGCCCCUGCAGCAGCAACAAGUGUGCUCGGCAGGCCGUGGCCACCACCACCUCCUUCCUCUGCUUCCUCGCCUACGCCAUCGAGGUGGGACUGACCCGUGCCAAGCCCGGGGACAUCAGCAGCUUCCUCUCCACUGUGCCUGGGCUCCUCAAGGUCUUCGAAGCCUACGUGGCUUGUCUUAUCUUUUCCUUGCUGGAUGAAUACAAUAAGGAACCCGGCCUGAUGUGGUGUGUGGCUGUCUACUCCAUCUGCUUCAUCUUCACCCUCCUCAUCAUCAUCUUCACCAUCGGCCGGUGCCUCGCCUACAUUCCCUGCCCGCUGGACAAGGUGCUGGUGGGGUACAACUUCCUGGCCCUGCUGAUGUACAUCACUGCCACUGUCCUCUGGCCCCUCUACAGCUUCAAGGGAAAGGGCCGCCCCAGCACCUGCGGCAGGAGCUGCCCGUGGGACAAGCACCUGGGGAUCACCUUCCUCACCAUCUUCAACCUCAUCGCCUACUUGGUGGACCUGGUCUACUCCAGCAGGAUGGUCUUCAUCAGGACACCUUCCUAAGGGCUCUGGGUGGGGUGAGGACUGGGUUGAGGGCUGGGUCCCAGCAUGGGGCUGCCGGUGGAGUGGAGGAAGAGGCUGAAUGCCUUGGAAAGCUCCUUCUCUCUGCGCCCAAGCAGAGCUGUGGGGCACGCCCGGGGUGUGCUCAGCUGGGGGCCCUAUAGGCUGCACAGGUAGGGGGCUGGGGGGGCCACAGGGGACUACUGAAACCCUGGAGCUUGGGGGGGCUUGGGGAUUAAAUUGGGUAAUUUUUCA